AAAGUAUGCUCUUUUGGAUUUUUAGGUGGUGACAAUUUCAAUAUUAAAGAUAUUAUUGGUCAUUUUAAAGCUGGGGACUACAAUCUGCAUGAUUGCUUUCCAUUUGAUCCAAAUAAAAAUUUCAUGUUGAUAGAAAUAUGGUCAUUAUUGUAGAAAAAGUUAUUUGUAAUAGUCAACACUGCUAUAUUUUCACAAUUGAUCCGAAAACAAAAGGUGAUAUUUUUAGACUAUUUUGAAUAUAAAACAAAACUAUUCUGUUCCCAGCACAUAUAGAGCUUUUUAGUAUUCACUGAAUGUUUAUUUAUGCAUCGGUGUGGCCGAGGUAUUCGCUUUCUUAGUUCAUCUUCAAACACCCGGAUCAACUGGGAUCCAACUGUAUCACUUGAACUCAAUCACCCUACCCUUAUUCUGCUUGAGAAAUGUUGCAUAAGGGAUCAUUUCAAGCAGAUAUUGGGCCAGAUGAUGAGGACCAAUCUCAUUGGGCAAACAUUUCCCAUGAGCAGGCUCCUCUUAUACUCAGCAAUCUCACAUCCUGAAAAUCUAGACAUGGCCCUCCUCCUUUUCAACAAUUAUACUCCACAUCCAAAUCUCUACAUUUACAACACCAUGAUCAAUGCCUUAUCGUUCUUGACGAAUCAGUCAUUUGCUCUCUAUAAUUCAAUGCUCCAGUCAGGUAUAUACCCAGAUAAACACACUCUGCUUUACCUGCUACAAGCCUCCCAAUGUAUAUUAGAAGUAAAACAGAUCCACUGUCAUGCUGUUGUGUUGGGUUUGUUGUCUUAUGGUUAUCUGCAAAACUCCCUGAUCAAAAUGUAUUUGGAGAAUGGACUUUUGGGGCUUGCAUAUCAGGUGUUCCAGCAUAUGCCUGUAUUAGAUGCUGUCUCAUUUAAUAUUAUGAUUGUUGGUUAUGCUAAAAGGGGAUACAGUUUACAAGCACUGGAACUAUUUCGUGAAAUGUUGGUUUCAGGUCUUGAACCUGAUGACUUUACUAUUCUAGGUCUUCUUGUGUCUUGUGGGCAGCUAGGAAAUGCAAAAUUGGGGAAGUCUGUUCAUGCAUGGAUUGAGCAGAGGAAGUCCAAUAGUUCUUCAAAUUUGAUCUUGGGCAAUGCUCUACUUGAUAUGUACAUCAAAUGCAAGAAAUUGGAGUUUGCUCAAAGAAUUUUUGAUGCUUUAGUGGAAAAGGAUACCAUUUCAUGGAACACCAUGAUUGCAGGAUAUGCCAAGGUUGGGGAAUUGGACCUUGCCCACACUUUUUUCGAUCAAAUGCCUAGGAGGAAUCUUUUUUCUUGGAAUUCUUUAAUUUCUGGCUAUUCCCAGAAGGGUGACUAUAUGAUGGUGAUGAGUUUAUUCAGCAGCAUGGUUGUAAAUAAUGUUAUGCCUGACAAUGUCACAAUGGCAAUCUUGGUCCAUGCUGCAGCAGAAAUAGGAGGACUGGACCAAGGGAAAUUGAUACACAGCCGGGUGGUUAGGAUGCAGAUGAAAGUAGAUGCGUUUUUGGGUUCAGCAUUAAUAGACAUGUACUGCAAGUGUGGGAGUAUUGAAAUAGCUUUCAUGGUUUUCAGGGGGCUAACCAAAAAGGAUGUUAAUGUAUGGACUACCAUGAUUACCGGAUUUGCAUUCCAUGGUUAUGGAAGCAAAGCUCUUGAAUUAUUCUCUGAGAUGCAAGGGGAUGUAAUGCCAAAUAAUGUGACUUUUGUUGCUAUUCUUACUGCUUGCAGUCAUAGUGGACUUGUGGAUGAAGGGAUCAAAAUAUUCAAUAGCAUGAAGGAAAAAUAUUGUAUUGAACCAGGAAUCGAGCAUUAUGGGUGUUUGGUGGAUCUUUAUGCGCGAUCAGGGAGGCUGGCUGAAGCAGAAGAAGUGGUUGACAACAUGCCAAUGAAACCAAGUCGAUCCAUAUGGGGAUCAAUUGUGGGUGCUUGUAGAGCUCAUGGAAACAUGGAACUUGCAGAGAGAGCUUUGAGAGAGCUACUAAAGUUAGAACCUGAAGAACCAGGUGGAUAUGUUUUGUUGUCCAACAUAUAUUCUACCUGGGGAAGAUGGAGUUGUUCAGACAAGAUUAGGGAACACAUGGAAAGGAGGGGAGUAAAGAAGACUGCUGGUUGCAGCAGUGUGGUUAUUGAUGGAGUUUUUCAUGAUUUUGUGGCUGCAGAUAAGAAGCAUCCAAGAUGGGAAGAGAUUCAGUCCAUAUUGAAUUGUAUGAAAAGUGAAAUGAUGUCCAGCUCUGCUUUUUCAUUCUUCUUGCAAAUGUUACUAUAGACCUAUGUUGAUUUCCGUUUGAGGCCUGACACUUGCUUUUUGACUUUGACGACAGUGAUGCAGAUAUGGAAUAUUUUUAGUUUGCUGGUCAUGUGAAAUUAACUUCUUGUAUGCUGUUCUUCUAGUAUUUUCUCUUGACUAUGCACGUCUUAGGAAUUCUCUUCAAGGAAUUUUCCUAGCGGGCUUUUGUUUUGCAUAUAAUUUCAUAUAGAGCCUAACCAAAAAAUAUUUACUGGCUUAGCAUUGCUGUUUGUUCA